UAUAACAAAGAGGCUAGGAAAAACAAAUGCUAGACUAAACACAAAGGCUAGGAAACACGAACAACUAGGAAUUCCAAAUAGGCUAAGAAUCACAGAAACAGCUGUUAGACUUAAUACACAGAGGCUAGAAUCACACAAUGAACACAAACAUGAUAGAUGCAUGGAAUCACAAAAACCAGCCAUCACACAGGUAACAAGGGUUUAACUUUAUGAACUGGUAAGAGUUAACUAGACACAGGUUAACUAGACACAGUACUCUAGGAGGGUGGCCAAUCAUGACAGAAUGCAUCUUCUUAAACAGUUCCCAAGGCAAAUAUUUUAUAGCUUUUAGCUUUUGCCAAUUGCGGAACUGUGCGCAGAUUUGUUGGUAUAUUAAAAGAAUUUAGAGUAGCAUUUUGAUCAGAAUCCCAAAUGCCAUAAGAAGACUCUCAGAACAGACCAGAAACAUUGUCUCUUCUUUUUACAAUGAAGGAAUGUGAGGCUCAGACAAUUCACAUUAAGUCUUCAUUACAGGAUGCAUUAUAACAACAGGAACUGAGAUCAUUAUUAAAUGAUUAAAUCUCCUCCAUAUUUAGAUCUCCUGCCUGCGGAGAAUGGCGAAAAGGUGACCAGACUCUUCCUACGGGAGCUGCUGAACAUUCUGCUGGCGUACAUCAAUAAGUCCCAGAAUCGCAGCUCUAAAGUGCUGGACUUCCACUAUCCACACCAGCUGAAGGAAGGCCGGGAAGGAUUCAGUCUGGAGCUCCCGGAUCAGCCGGAAAACCUGGAGCAGCUGCUUGUUGACUGCCGCGACACUCUGAAAUACGGAGUCAAAACAGGUCACCCCCGUUUCUUCAACCAGCUCUCGACCGGACUGGACAUCAUAGGCCUAGCAGGGGAAUGGCUCACGUCGACGGCAAAUACAAACAUGUUCACCUAUGAGGUUGCCCCAGUCUUUAUCCUCAUGGAAGAGGUCAUUCUGAAGAAAAUGCAGACCUUCAUUGGUUGGUCUGAAGAGGAGGGAGAUGGAAUCUUCAGCCCUGGAGGCACGAUGUCGAACCUGUACAGCGUGCUGCUGGCCCGGUAUCACUUCUUCCCGCACGUGAAAACGGAAGGGAUGCACGCGCUCCCGCGCCUCGCGCUGUUCACCUCUGCACACAGCCAUUAUUCGAUCAAGAAGUCCGCAGUCACCCUCGGAAUCGGCUCCGAAAACGUCUUUUUGGUUAAAUGCGAUGAAAGGGGCAAGAUGAUUCCAGCAGAACUGGAGUACAGCAUCCAAACAGCCAAGGGCAAGGGUUUGUUUCCGUUCUAUGUGAACACCACAGCAGGAACCACAGUUUAUGGAGCCUUCGACCCUAUCAGUGACAUUGCGGACAUCUGUGAAAACCAUGGCCUGUGGCUCCAUGUUGAUGGUGCCUGGGGGGGCGGUUUGCUCUUGUCUGAGAGACAUCGGACGAAACUCAGAGGCAUUGAGAGGGCUUCCUCUGUUACCUGGAACCCACACAAGAUGAUGUGUGUCCCACUGCAGUGCUCUGCCAUUCUAGUGAGAAAGAAGGGCCUGCUGCAAAAGUGCAACCAGCUGAGUGCCGAGUACCUUUUCCAAAUGGAUAAGCACUAUGACACGUCCUACGAUACCGGAGACAAGACCAUUCAGUGUGGGAGGCACGUGGACGUGUUCAAGCUGUGGCUCAUGUGGAAAGCCAAGGGCUUGGAGGGUUUCAAAGCGCAGAUAGACCACUGCCUGGAAAAUGCGGAGUACCUUCACUGCAAGCUGCAGAACAGGAAGGACUUUCAACUGGUCUUCCAGAGCAAACCGGAACACAGUAACGUCUGCUUCUGGUACCUUCCAAGCUAUGUGAGGAGCAUGCCUCCUGGUACAGAGAGAAACAGAGAGCUUCAUUUGGUCGCCCCAAAAAUCAAGGCGAAGAUGAUGGAGUCUGGAGCGACUAUGGUCGGCUACCAGCCUCUCGGCGACAAAGUGAACUUCUUCCGCUGCGUAUUCUCCAACCCUGCCACGCAGAAGGCGGACGUGGACUUCCUAGUAGACGAGAUCGCUCGCCUGGGAAGCAACCUGUCGCACUUGAAAUACGAGCCUAACCAGGGUGUAUAGUUGAAGACUUUUCGGUUGUAUCCUGGGGUGGACUCUUUCCUAUGUGUUGCAGUUUGUUGAUCUUUCUUGUUCAGAAUUAUUUCCUGAAUGAUUCAUGAACAGACAGACUUGACAGUUUAUGAGUUUUACUUGUGAAAAUGGAAAUCUGUUUUCAGAACUUCUAGGUUUUACAAAUCCAUAUCUUGGUACAGCUGUGGGUUUUGUUCCAUUGUGUGUGUGUGUAUGUAUGUGUGUGUGUG